CAAUGACCGAAGCUACCUGCACUAAUAGACCUGAAACACGGAGAAGGAGAAAGAGAAAGCGAGGACAGAGAGAGAAAGCGAGAGAGAGAUGUUAUACUCUGUCUGAUCUCACAAAUCCAAAUCGUCGGUCUUCUCCUUCUCCUUCCCCUUCUUCUUCUUCAGAAUCCGUAAUUCUUUAGUCAAUUCUCAAAUAUGUCUCUGAACAUGAAAACCCUAACGCAAGCCUUGGCGAAAACCGCGGCGGUCAUCGAGAAGAAGGUUCAGACCACCGUGCAAGAGGUCACCGGACCCAAGGCUCUCCAGGACUACGACCUGCUUGAUCAGAUCGCAUCCGCCGGGCCUGGUCUCGCAUGGAGGCUUUACUCGGCGAGGCCUAAGGAGCCAUCGCGGCAGCAACAGUAUCCCCUUGUUUGUGUUUGGGUACUGGACAAACGGGUACUGUCCGAAGCGAGAAUGCGUGCUGGGCUGACCAAGGCAGCUGAAGAUUCGUUUUUGGAUUUGAUUCGGGCCGAUGCGGGUAAACUUGUGCGAUUGAGGCAUCCGGGGGUGGUGCAUGUGGUACAAGCGUUGGACGAGAGCAAGAAUGCGAUGGCAAUGGUGACUGAACCUUUGUUUGCGUCGGUGGCUAAUACUCUUGGGAAUUUGGAGAAUGUGACCAAUGUUCCUAAGGAGCUCAGGGGAAUGGAAAUGGGACUGUUGGAAGUGAAGCAUGGCUUACUUCAGCUAGCAGAAUCGCUGGACUUUCUGCACAACCAUGCUCAUCUUAUUCAUCGAGCGAUAUCACCUGAGAAUAUUCUUAUCACCUCAAGUGGAGCUUGGAAACUUGGCGGAUUUGGUUUUGCUGUUUCAGCAGCUCAGGCCUCCGGUGACUCGACUAAUCUGCAAGCUUUUCAUUAUGCUGAAUAUGAUGUUGAGGAUUCUAUUCUUCCACUUCAACCGUCACUUAAUUAUACUGCUCCUGAGCUGGUGAAGAGCACUGUUUCUUCAGCUGGGUGGGCUUCUGAUAUUUUCAGUUUUGGUUGCGUUGCUUACCAUUUAAUUGCUCGCAAGCCUUUGUUUGACUGCCACAACAAUGUGAAGAUGUACAUGAAUACCUUGACUUACUUAUCCAGCGACACAUUCUCAUCUAUUCCACCGGAGUUGGUUCCUGAUUUGCAGAGGAUGCUAUCUUCAAAUGAGUCUUCAAGACCAACUGCAAUGGAUUUUACAGGUUCCCCUUUUUUUCGGAAUGACACUAGGUUGCGUGCUCUGCGCUUCCUUGACCACAUGCUUGAAAGAGAUAACAUGCAGAAAUCAGAAUUCUUAAAAGCUUUGUCAGAUAUGUGGAAAGAUUUUGACAGCCGUGUGUUGCGGUACAAGGUCCUUCCACCGCUCUGUGCUGAACUUAGGAAUGUUGUAAUGCAACCAAUGAUUCUUCCUAUGGUUCUUACCAUUGCAGAGUCUCAGGAUAAAAGUGAUUUUGAGAUCACAACUCUUCCAGCACUCGUUCCUGUCCUGAGUGCCGCUGCAGGUGAGACACUGUUGCUACUUGUGAAGCAUGCAGAACUUUUAAUAAACAAGACUAGCCAGGAGCAUCUAGUUUCACAUGUUCUGCCUAUGGUUGUUCGGGCUUUCGAUGACAAUGAUGCUCGUGUCCAAGAAGAGGUUCUGAAGAAAUCUAUAUCCCUUGCUAAGCAACUUGACUCCCAGCUGGUCAAACAAGUGGUUUUGCCCCGUGUGCAUGGCUUGGCGCUUAAAACAACAAUUGCUGCGGUUAGAGUCAAUGCCUUGCUGUGCUUAGGAGACAUGGUUAGCCGACUUGAUAAACCUGCUGUCCUAGACGUCAUGCAGACUAUUCAGCGCUGUACUGCUGUUGACCAUUCUCCUCCUACCCUUAUGUGUACUCUUGGGGUUGCAAAUGCUAUUUAUAAGCGGUAUGGAGUAGAGUUUGUUGCGGAGCAUGUUCUUCCAUUGAUUAUGCCACUCCUGAUAACUCAACAACUGAAUGUUCAACAGUUUGCCAAAUAUAUGCUCUUUGUCAAGGAUAUGCUUAGGAUGAUAGAGGAGAAGCGAGGAGUGGUCGUGACAGAAUCUGGAAUCCCAGAGGUUACUAAACCAUUUCCUUCAGUUAAUGGUCUUCACAAUGAAGUCACCACUAAAACAAACAGCACUGUUGCUUCUUCCACCACCAAGAGCAGCUCUUCUUGGGAUGAAGAUUGGGGUAGCACUACGAAAGGAACUACCACUUCUGCCCAAAGCUCUAUUGCCAAGUCAAGUCCAUUGGUGCCGGGAAUUCCAAUGGUUCAAAUAACAUCCUCUCAGCAUAACUCAUCCUCAUCUGCUGUAUCUAAUCAGCAGCCAACCAUGUCUUGCCCCACAGUGGAUUUAGAGUGGCCGCCUCAUGCUUCUCCGGCUGGUAACCAAUAUUUUGGUGAUUCUGAAAGUCAUGUGAGGUCAACAGGAACAUCAUCUAUGUCUGGUCUUGAUGACAUUGAUCCUUUCACUAAUUGGCCUCCACGUUCUAGUGGCUCAUUAGGUGGAUCUGGAAUUUCCAGCAAUGGUACUUUUGGACCGCCACUGAACAAAAACGGACCUAGUUUAAUGUCAAACACUUCAAAUGCUAUGAAUAAUCAAACCAACAAUAGUUGGCCUUUUAAUCCCCCAAGUUCAGCAGAUUCAAUCGGCCGCUUGAGCCUCGGGAAUUCUAGUUUGACCACUGGUAGUCUUCACAGUGGUGUAAAUUCUCAGAAUUCUCUUGCAUUCUUAAAGCAGAGUCAGGGAUUUCCGGCACCCAAUGUUCCACGCACAGAGAACAAAUCAACAGAUCUUGGAUCCAUCUUUGCUUCUGAUCAGAAUGACCCGAUUGCGCCUAAGCUUGCACCACCGCCGUCAACCUCAGUGGGUAGAGGUCGAGGAAGAGGAAGAGGGAGGGGAGCUGGUUCAAGCAUCAGGUCCACUCAUGCCAGGUCUGAGGAGCCGCCCCUUAUGGAUUUAUUGGGGUAGAUCACUUCUUUGACUGAAUUAGUAGCGUCGGGGCAAUGAAUUACGGUUGAGAUUGUAUUGUAUUUCAUGUGAUCGCUUCUCAAUGCUGGAGCGCUUGGAUUGGAACAUGUUAAUUCUGAAGUGAGGCGUUGCAAAAGAUCAUGCAAGGCAAAGGAUAUGGCCUCGUUCUGUAAAGGUUUGAGUUUUUCCUUUCGUUUCUUUUCUUUCCUUCUCUCUGUUUUUGGAUUAUAAUCUAUAGUGAUCUAGCAACAGUUUGAAUUAUUUUUUCAUUUUUUCCCCUUGGUAGAUAAUAUCAUUUUUGUAUUAUUCAGAAAAGUCCAGUUAACGUGGCCUGGGUUGAAAUAAUAGAGGCAGUCAAUAUAGUUCCACCUGCCAGAAUGUAACCAUAGCACGAAUGUCCAUAUGUCUUGUGAACUGUCAAAAUGAAUCUGUUUUCGCAAUUUUGGCAUUUGGGAUUCAUUUUCAGCUCUCUACAAUAUACUCACUGUCAUGUAUAAUACUUGACUUUGGGGAUUUU